UGUACGGCUUCUGCAAAUGUUCACACAUCGGAAAUUCGGUUGUGCCGUACGUUAUAAAAGCUGAUCAGGUUGCAACCCUUCUUGUUUCCAUUCCAUCAUCAACAAAUACAAAACAAAUCUUCGUUGUAAUCAUGUCUUCUUAUCAAUUUUGGCAAUUGCCCGCUCAAGAUCAACGUAAAGAUGAAAGUUCACUUUCUUUGCAAACAUCCAAUCAAAUUCCCAAGCCUGGUCCAACGGAAGUCUUACUUCGUGUAAAAGCAGUUUCACUUAAUUAUCGUGAUUUGAUCAUCGCUCGUAAUAUGUAUCCACUUGCACUCAAGAAGGACGAGCUCAUUCCUGCUUCUGAUGGUGCUGGUGAAAUCGUAAGUGUUGGUGAGCAAGUACACAAAUUCAAAAAAGGUGACCGUGCUGCUGCAAACUUUAAUAUCGCUCAAACUCGUGGUGCAACUUGUACACUUGCUGAAACAGGAUAUGCACUCGGAGGACCAAUCCAUGGUAUGCUCUCGCAAUAUGUCGUCUUACCCGCACAAGCAUUGGUACAUAUUCCUCAACAUCUUUCAUUUGAGGAAGCUGCCACUUUACCUUGUGCUGGCGUAACUGCUUGGAACGGUUUGUUUGGUUUGACUGAUGCUCCAGUUUUACCCGGUUCAACCGUUCUUGCAGAAGGUACAGGAGGUGUUUCAGUUUUUGCCGCUCAAUUUGCCAUUGCAGCAGGAGCAAAGGCAAUCAUCACUUCUUCAUCCGAUGAAAAGUUAAACAAAGUACGUUCUCAAUUCACAAAAGAACAACAACAACGUUUAUUUACAAUCAAUUACAAGAAAACACCUGAAUGGGAUCAAGAAGUUAAAAAAGUUUCAGGUGAAGAAGGUGUUUCGCACAUUAUUGAAGUUGGAGGUGCGGGUACAUUGGAAAAAGCACAUGCUGUUAUCAAACGUGGAGGUGUGAUUGCAAAUAUUGGUUUUAUUGCUCAAGGUGAAACGCCAAAUAUUCCUUUGUUGAACUUGGGUAGCGGUUCAAUUUAUCGUGGUAUUUUGGUAGGAAGUGUUGAACAAUUUGAAGCGAUGAACAGAUCUAUUGACACAUUCCAAAUCAAGCCGAUCGUCGAUAAAGUAUUCUCAUUCAAAGAUGCUCCACAAGCAUAUGCACAUCAAUGGUCACAAGCCCAUGUUGGUAAAGUUGUGAUCAAGGUUGAUUAAAUGUGAUCACAUGUGAAUGUAGUUCGUAAUUGAAAUAUAAUCUUCUUUGUGAUUAACGCCCUGAC